AUGAGGUCUCCGCCCUCUCUUUAUUAUUGUCUUCAAUAUACAUCUUUCUCUUUUAUUUUCAAUUAUUUUCUCUUUGAACCUUCUUUCUUGCCUAUUUUUUCUCUCUUUCUCUUUCACUCUUGUACUCUUUCUCUUUCACUCUCGUUCUCUUUCACUCUCGUUCUCUUUCACUUUCACCCUCUUUCACUCUCUUUCACUUUCACCCUCUUUCACUCUCUUUCACUUUCACCCUCUUUCACUCUCUUUCCACUUUCACCCCUCUUUCCUCUCUUUCACUUUCACCCUCUUUCACUCUCUUUCACUUUCACCCUCUUUCACUCUCUUUCACUUUCACCCUCUUUCACUCUCUUUCACUUUCACCCUCUUUCACUCUCUUUCACUUUCACCCUCUUUCACUCUCUUUCACUUUCACCCUCUUUCACUCUCUUUCACUUUCACCCUCUUUCACUCUCUUUCACUUUCACUCUCUUUCACUUUCACCCUCUUUCACUUUCACCCUCUUUCACUCUCACCCUCUUUCACCCUCACCCUCUUUCACCCUCUUUCACUUUCACUCUCUUUCUCUGUUUUUACCUUAUCUUUUUUGUUUGUCGGUCCGUUUUCUCCUUUAUUUUCUUUCUCUAUUUCCUUCUUUUUAUCUGA